GUUGAUGCAAAUAUUUUCUAGAGUACAACAUCUAAAUGAAAAAACAGUAAAACCCACCAUGCCAUUUGCUCCAAUUGGCUCAAGAUUGUUUAUGGACGAAAUAAUAUUUCAUAAACUCUGGUUGGAGAAGCAACAGAGAGAUGAGGAGAGCGACAGCAGUAGAGAAGAGUAUUCCGAAGAUGAAGAUUCCGAUGUGAGGCAGCUUUUCCCGAAGUCGAAGAAAUCACCGGAACAUAAAGAACAUCGUGGAAUAAAUAAAGUUUCUAAGAACGAACCCCCGGAAUGGUUAGCCGUCUUUGUUGGAGUGUUCUUUGUUGCAGGGGUUGCCGGGAUAGCGUCCUACCAAGCUUACAGCUUAGAUUACAAAGAUCAACUUUCAAAUGUUGACAUUCAGCUGAAAGACAUGGCGCAUGACGCUCCUCCGUACGUGCCCGUUUACGACGGAAUUAAACUGCCAACGAAUUUGACACCAAAAGCUUAUGUUUUGUAUAUAUACCCGAACUUAAAAAAACGAACGUACAGGGGUCUGGUGAAGAUAUCUCUGUUCUGUCAUAACAGCACGAACAACAUUGUAUUGCAUUCAAACAAACAUAGAAUUAGCAAGGUGGAGUUAAAAGCGAGCGGCAAUGAUAACGCCGAUGUAAAGUUAAAAGAUACACUACGCAAUCGAAAGCGCGAAAUGUUGAUUCUGCAGGUGGAGAAAACACUUCAAGCGGGGCAGUCCUAUGAUUUGUUUAUUUCGUUUGAAAGCAAACUGACGUUCGAUCUCGGCCAUGGAAUCUACUUAAGUUAUUACAAGGAUGGAAAUGGCAAACAGCGUUUGAUGGUAUCAACCAAUUUCGAGCCGACGUCUGCAAGAAAUGCAUUUCCAUGUUUUGAUGAACCAGAACUAAAAGCCACCUUCAAAACCAUCAUUCUGCACCAAAAGGAGGGCUACGCGGCAGUGUCGAAUAUGCCAAUGGAAAAAGUGGUAACUUAUGGCGAUGACAAGGUGGAGACACAUUUUAAAGUUACACCAGUCAUGAGUACGUAUUUGGUCGUAUUCGCCGUGACCGAGUAUAAUUAUAGAGAAGUCAGAACGUCCCGAAACUUACCAAUUCGAGUGUACGCUCCCAGUGGUCGUUUGGCUGAAACUACAUUCGCUGCCACAGUGGCUCCGCUCUGUAUUGAUUAUUACGAAGAAAAGUUCGGUGUUAAAUUUUCGUUGCCUAAAUUAGACGUGGUUCCUAUCGCAACACUGUCAGCUGCCGCCGACGAGACGUGGGGUAUGAACAUCUUCGAGGAGACGUACUUACUUUAUAACGAAAACACGACAACAGUUUCCACUCUUGAGUACAUCGCCAAAACCAUCGCACAUGAAUUUUCACACCAGUGGUUUGGAGAUCUAGUCACGAUGAAAUGGUGGAACGAUCUAUGGCUGAAGGAAUCUUUUGCUGCCUAUCUCGAAUAUCUUCCCAUUCAAAAAUAUUAUCCAUCUUGGGACUUGCAAACAUCUUUUUAUUCCGAUAAUAUCCACACUGCACUAAACUUCGACUCCAGCAAGUUCACGCAUCCUAUAAAUUCCGAUGCACUAGAUCCUGACGAAUUGAGAACCACCUACGACGCGAUUACUUAUCAGAAGGGUGCGUCCGUGGUAGCCAUGCUGGGUGACUUUCUUGGUGAAAAAACAUUUUUGAAAGGUGUCAAUAUCUUUCUUACAAAAUAUCAGUACAGCAACGCAGAUGCAAAUCAGUUUUGGCAAACAAUGACUGAGGCGACCAAUUAUACUGUCGAUGUCGUCAAUUUCAUGAAUGCAUGGGUAAAGCAAAGUGGAUUUCCGUUAGUAACGGUCAAUCGGGAUAAACGUGCGGGGAGAUUUUCGCAACAUCGUUUUGCAAGCACGAACAGCACAACGUUGUGGCAUAUUCCGAUCAAAAUGAAAUGUGCAGAGAAUAAUGAUAUUUUUACUUACACUUUGUCUACAAGCGAAGAUUCAGUUGUCAUGUGUCAACCCGGGGCGUGGUAUAAAUUAAACUAUGGUGCAAGUGGGUUUUAUCGUGUGAAUUACGACGAGAACAACUGGAACAGUCUGUUAAAGCUUUUAAAUGAUAAUCACGAGACCCUUCCUGCAAUUGACCGUGCUAAUGUGUUAUCGGACAUCAUAGAGCUCGCCAUGUAUCGGUACCAUAACAUCAGCACUGCCUUGGACUUCACCCUGUACCUAAAUAAAGAACAACACUAUAUACCAUGGGGUAUAGGAGCAUCGAUAUUGUUUCACAUACGUUCGAUGUUUUAUGAAACUAAGUUGAAAGAUUGUGUGGAGAGCUAUCUUUUGAAGCAGGUCUCAACACCACUGGAAUUUUUGAACACACAGAAGAAACAUACACAUGUGCAGAAGCAUCUUAUUCGACUUUUGCUGGAUGUUGCCAUUUCGUUUCACAAGGAACCAAUCACGUCAGAGAUAAACAAUAUGUUUUUAAAAUGGGUGGUCAGCGGUGGAACCAACCAGUUAUCCGGGUCAAUCCGCGGAGUCGCAUUUAAAGCUGGUAUAAAGUACGGUCAAGUUUAUGAAUGGGACUAUCUCUUUAAAAGAUAUCAACAAGCUCACUCGAGUGAAGAACAGUUCUUGAUUUUGAGAAGCUUAGCGCUGACGAAAGAUAAACAUAUUCUCCAAAGAUAUGUGAACUUCACCUCGAAUGCGACAUUAAUCAACCCUGCACAUAAAGCAAAAGUGUUAACAUAUGUUUGUGAAAGCAAAGAAGGACGAGACAUUGCAUGGAGCGUAGCUAAGCGUGAAUGGCAUAACAUAUCAGCGAGUCAUAGCACCGAUUUAUCCGCCCUCAAGUUUUUGUUAAAUGCUUGCCUGUUGUCUUGCAACACUGAAGCUGAACUAAAAGAGACAAAGACAUUCUUUGAGAGUAUAGACACAAGUAAGAUUCGAUCGAUUACUGAACGGAUUUUGGAGAAAAUCGAACGAAACAUUGACUUCGUAAAACGAAAAGCAAAUAUCGAAAAUUGGUUCCAAAAACACGUCCCAAAAUGUCUAUAACUCUUAAAAAUUCGAAGUAAAUAUUUAGUUGGUAAAUUUAACUUUUAAUAUUUUUUUGGAAAUGAUAUUUUUUACGUUUACCUAUUCCGGGAUCUUUUUAAAGUCCACGAUUUUUAUACAGUAUCACCUUCAACUCUUUGUAACUUAUCUGAUAAUAUUUACAUCAUUAUUUUCUUUUUGUACUGUUUUUUAAAUCAGUUGAAAAACA